UCGCGUUUAAAAUCGAUUUCUGCAUUAUAAUUAAAGAGUAUUUAUUUGAAAAAUGUCAGUAGUCAUUGAAACGACUAUAGGUGACAUAACUGUCGACUUGUUUCUGAAAGAAAGACCGAAAGCUUGUCUUAAUUUCUUGAAACUUUGUAAAUUGAAAUAUUAUAAUUUUAAUUUAUUCCACACAAUCCAACAAAACUUCAUAGCACAAACGGGUGAUCCAACAGGUGAUGGAGAUAAAGGAGAGUCAUUUUGGGGUGUCAUUCACGGUCCCAGUGAACGGUUCUUUGAAGCUGAAAAUAUUCCAAAGAUUCUUCAUAGUGAACCGGGAUUAUUGAGUAUGGUGUCUGAUGGGAAGAGCUUUAUUGGAUCUCAGUUCCUAUUCACUUUGGGACCUGACCUGUCAUCUUUGGAUAACAUUCAUUGUGUGAUUGGCGAAGUUGUGGAAGGACAUGAAGUUUUACGUCAACUUAACGAAACAAUUGUGGAUGAGAAUUUUCGACCAUUUAAAGAUAUAAGAAUAACGCACACUGUAGUAUUGGAUGAUCCAUUUUCUGAUCCACGAGGAUUUCGUCAACCCAGUAGAAGUCCGUCACCAUCAGCUGAACGUUUGAAAAAUGGAAGAAUCGCUGCUGAUGAAGAAAUCGACGAUGCAAAAGGAAAGACAGAAGCUGAAGUCAUAGAAAUGGUUCAAGAACGAGAAGCUAAGGCUCGUGCAACUAUUUUAGAGAUUGUUGGUGACAUACCCGACGCUGACAUUGCACCACCUGAAAAUGUCCUCUUUGUUUGCAAACUUAAUCCUGUCACAACUGAAGAUGACUUGAAAAUCAUUUUUGGACGAUAUGGAAAAGUCAAAUCAUGCGAAGUUAUUCGAGAUAAAGUUUCUGGUGAAUCUUUACAAUAUGCAUUCGUUGAAUUCGAAAACACAAACUCAUGCGAACAAGCUUACUUCUCUAUGGAUAUGGCGUUGAUAGACGAUCGAAGAGUUCAUGUAGAUUUUUCACAAUCUGUAACUAAAGUUAAGUGGCGUGGAAAAGGAAAUUAUACAAUUUAUGAUCGUGAUGCGAAAUUUCUAUCUCAAAGAUCGGAUGGUGGUAGAAAUAAUUCAAGAAGACAAGACUCAAGACAAGAUAGAAAUCGAUAUGACGAUCGAAAUAUGACAAACAGACGUAGAGAUCGCGAUCAGAGAAGAGAUUUCUCACCCGUCAAUAAAAGGCGAUCAAGAUCACGAUCAAGAGAUCGCCAAAGAAGAAGAUUUUCACCUAAACGAAAUCGCUUACCUUCUCCAUCACGACAUUCUAGAAAACGUAGGUCAAGAAGCCGCUCAAAUAAUUCUGAUAAAUCGCGUGAUGAGAGAAAAAAGAAAUCCCAUCGAGAUCAUAAAAAGAAAUCUUCGAAAAAAGAACGAAAGCAUCGAAAAAAGCGAUCCAGUAGCAGCAGCAGCAGUUCAAGCAAUAAUUCAAUGGAUCGAAAGAAGAAAUCAAGAAAAUAA